AUGAAUCAUAAUCUUAAUCGAUUAGAGAAUUUACCAAAUGAAAUUCUUGCUGAAAUAUUUGAAUAUAUUAGUACUGAAAAUCUAUUUCGAAGUUUUUAUAAUCUCAAUUAUCGUUUAAAUAAAUUAAUUCAAUCUCUUAAUAAUCAUUAUCUUUCACUUAAAACAACAGAUUGUAAUCAAAUUUAUCAUUAUAAUUUUAUUGCUCCAUAUAUUAAUAUUCUAUUUAUUGAAGGCAGAGCACAAUUAAAUUUAAAAUCUUUUACAAAUAUUCGUCGUCUUAUUCUUAUACAAUCAAAUGAUGAAUUUCUCGAACAACUUGAAAGAAUUCGUCUACCAUAUUUAGAACAUCUUGUUAUUUAUUUAGGAAAUCGAAGAGGAAAUGAUUGUAUGCCUUAUUUUUGGAAUAGAAUCUUUUCAUAUGAUUUACCUUAUUUAAAAAUUUGUUGUAUGUAUAAUAUAAGUUUAACAUGGAUAUAUUCAUCUUGGAGACAAAUGUUAUCAUUACGUAUUUUAAAAAUUGGUGAUAUUGAUAUACUUGUUUAUGGAUCAAUUUUAUCAUCAUGUCCUAAUUUAUGUUUUUUUAAAUUUACAAGAUUAAUAUCAAAUAAUAGACCAAUUAAUAUUAUUCAACAUAUGAAUUUAAAAAAAUUAGUUAUUGCAAUACCAUGCUUUGAGGAAUUUUCACAAGAUAAUGAUAUGAAUGAUUAUUUUUCAUAUGUACCAAAUUUAGAACAACUUAUUAUUCAUCGAACAAAUGAAAGUAAAAAUAUAAAUGAAUCUUAUUUACAAUUUGAUUGGUAUGGAUCAUCGAUUACUUCAUAUUUACCAUUACUUUCUCGUUUUACUUAUUAUUUUCAUAUAUUAAUAUCUAAUCGAUUAAAUAAUUCGACUAAUCAAAAUAUAUUUCAUCGAAUUCAACAACAUUUUAAUCAUGUUCAUCGUCAUUUAUAUCAAUGUCGAUUUAUUCUUGAUUUAAUUGAAUAA